CAUCAUCUCUACAGUGAAAGAUAACGUGCGCUACAUGCCAUUCUUUUAUCUCAAUGCGUAGCUACAUAAAUGAUUACUGUAUGAUCAAUGCAAGAAUUUGGUAAUAGUAAAGUGAAUCAAUCACUUUGGAACCAUUCGUAAGAGCAGUUGUGAAAACUGGCAUACGCAGAAAUGCAUUACACUCCAGAUAUUUUGGUCUACCUGUGUCUAUUUGGCAGUGGCUGCUACUUUGGCUAUUACUGCAAAUACGCCUACGUUUACGACAAUCUAUGGACGCAUUGGUAUGCAAUGGUUGGUGUGAUUGUAGCUGUGGCCUUGGCUGGCGCCCUAACAUUAAGGAAAUAUAUGCAGCGACAGUAUAGUUAUGAUCACUUCUACGUCAUCUUCUACGGAUUGAUAUGCUUCGUUAUCAGCGCUUGCUUCAUGUUAACAAAUAACUUAGAUAUCUGCUUCUAUUUCGGCUUCGUCGGCGUUGGUACCACGCUCAUUCCCUGCUAUAGUUACAUCAGCAUACGCAGUUCGUCGCACGGAACUCGACCGGCGCGCAUAGCUUUGGGCAACACCUUCUAUUUCAGCGGCGUCUCAGUGGGUUUCAGCAUAUUCAAUGAAUUCGAGGCAAACUACUGCGGAUGGAUCUACUUGUGCAUUACAUUGUUCAUGCUCUCUGGCGUGGUGGUCAAUGAAGUGCUCCAAUAUUUUGGCGUAUACAAUUACAAAGUGUCCUAUGAUCUUGCAUUCAACUUGCUAAAUGAGGAAAAAUUAGUAUUUCUGCCGAAUAAGUCGAUCUGUGCGCUAUUUGUGAGCCGGGAUGACUUUUAUGUGACACGAAAUCGCCAAUGGCUGGUUGUGGGUAUAGCAGCGGUGCUGGUGUUGGAGCGUGCGCUCAUCUACUCUUCGUCAUACCUGCAGCUAGCUUGGAGCUCAACCUUUGCCUACUGGGUAACCCAGCACCUGUAUGGUCCAUUUCUGCUAUACGCGUUCGGCUGUGCUAUAGGUUGUGUCUUGAUGGCACGUUACCAGCCAAAAUUAGUUUAUUUAAUGUUCGGCGUAAUUAAGAUCACUGCACUCUCCGCGAUAUUGGGUGUUUAUGUGGAUACUUCGACAGAACAUUGUUUCUACUUUUUGUGUUUCUAUUACACUUGUAUUGGCGUGUAUUCCAGCGUAGGCCUACAGCUUGUACUCGAAUGUACGCCAUUGCUUUAUACGGAACUGGCUUUGGCUGUUGGCUACUCCAUUGAGUUGCUUGUACUGGAGGUGCUAAAGUAUGAAACGAAGACCGAUGAUGUAUGGCAUGAGCUACUCGGUAUGGGUAUUUUCAUUAUACUAUUGACUGCAGUGAGUAUAGUUCUGGUGCUAAUAUUCAUGCCACGCUCUUGCGGUCUCAUCGACAUGCGGAAUAAGCUGAUGGGUAUAAAGAAGAAAAAGCCAGUGUCGCCGCCGCAUAUCGGACCUUGGAAUACCAACUUUUUUAUGUAUCACGAUCUGCAGCCGGACGAUGUUAGGUGUGUAAAAUUGGACGGUAAUCGUGUUUAUCAGCAGUAUCCACGGGAGUCGGUGGCUAAAUUGGAAAUGCCAAAUUUUGUUGAGCGUCAUGUGAACGUUAGUUCAGAGAAGACCAAUUUUUACUGAAAACGUGUGAGGCUUACUAUUGACUUGUGUGAGAAGAUUUAUUAUAAAAUAAAAAUAAAUAUUGAUAUGCUAUUUUGGGCAGCUU